AUGACGACUAACUAUUUGGUGCCAAACACUAAACCGAUUAAUGGAAAUGUAUUUCAUUCAUUCGAAAAGAUAAAUGAAAUAUUCGCAAAGAAUGACGGUAGAAGAUAUUAUAGAGAACUUGAAAGUUCAUGUUAUGACUCUGAUACUCCAUAUUUUGAUGAUAAACAAACUCAUUUAAGAAUUACAAAUCCGGCUCAUGAUGUGAACCAAUUAGGUGACACAUAUAUUAAACGCAAAGUUAAAGCAACUCUAGUUUCAAAUAAAGCUUUCACAUGCGAUGCCGCUUUUAAAUGCAUGCGUUUAUUCGUUGGUUACAAAUCAUCAAAUCAAAGCUUUAAACAAUUAGAAGUAGAAACCGAAAGAGGUGAUGCCGGUUAUCUUCAAAUGGAUUGCGCCCGUGAAUCUUUCGCAUUUGCAACAUAUAAACCAAAAUCAGAAAGGAAAGUUAAAAAGUUUGUUCAUUCGUUAUAUAAUAAUGUUCAAAAAUAUGAUAACUCAGUAUGUGGUAAAUAUAUUGACCCUUCAGAAGUUUUCAAGAAAGCAAAUGAAGAAGUUGAUGUCACUUUUGAUAUGAUUAUUCCGGUAAAUGAUUUGUUAGCAUUUCAGGCGUUCGAUGAUUAUCCUAAAUCAUUUGGUGAAAUCAUUCUUAAAUAUUAUGUUUUCAGGGAUACUUUAGUAUUUUGUCAGGUUGACCCGUUAAGAGUUGCUGAUUUACAAAAUUACGUUUAUGAAAAGAUAACUGAUGAAAAUUAUGAAAAGAUUAUGAAUCAUGUUUAUAAAUAUGAUCGCAAAUUCCAACAAAUCGGACUUCCUGCCAAAUUAAUUACAAGCUUAGCCGCUACAUCUGCUGACGCA